UUUUUUUUGGUUUUUAAGUAAAAUAUCGGAUUUUCCAUCUAGCCUGAAAAACCAGAGAGAGAAGUCUGUGUGCGUCUCUUUGUCACUGUGAAAUGGAAGCCGAUGUUUCAAUUUGAGUUUAAACUGAGUCGAAUAGUUUGUUAAUUUGUGUAGCAAUUUCAAGGAAAAAAAAAAUCAAAUAGGAAUAGAAACUAGCGUUUAUGUGAUUUCUGUUUAACGGGGAAAAUGAAGAAUCUGACGGUGGUAAAUUUGCUUUGCUUACUGAGUGUUUGUUGGAUGACGUCAGCCAGUGUUGUCUUAAUUGGGAGCAACGUUACUCUUUCGUUCGAUGACAUUGAAGCUAAUUUCGCUCCGGGGAUUAAAGGGUCGGGUGAAUGUGGGGUAUUGUACCUAGCAGAGCCUCUUGAUGCAUGUUCAGACUUGAGUAAUAAAGUGGAAAACGUUUCAAAUAAGAUUGCCUCAUUUGUAUUGAUUGUUAGAGGAGGUUGUAGCUUCGAAGAUAAAGUCAGAAAAGCUCAAAAGGCAGGGUUCCAAGCUGCCAUUGUCUAUGACAAUGCUGAUGAUGGUGUGGUUGCAAUGGCAGGAAACUCUACUGGUAUAAAAAUACAUGCUGUGUUUGUGUCCAAAGCUUCAGGUGAAAUACUUAAACAGUAUGCUGGUUCAACUGACGUGGAGCUCUGGAUAAUACCAAGUUUUGAAAACUCAGCAUGGUCAAUCAUGGCAAUCUCUUUUAUUUCCCUUCUUGCCUUGGCUGCAGUUCUGGCUACUUGUUUCUUUGUACGCAGGCAUCGUAUAAGACAGGAACCUCGCUCCUCUCGUGUCCGGGAAUUUCAUGGGAUGAGUAGACGCUUAGUGAAAGCAAUGCCAAGCCUGAUAUUUACUGCUGUUCUGGAGGAUAAUUGUACCUCAGGAACCUGUGCCAUAUGCCUUGAAGACUACAAUGUUGGGGAGAAACUCAGGAUCCUGCCAUGUCAUCACAAAUUUCAUGCUUUCUGUGUGGAUUCUUGGCUCACAUCAUGGAGAACCUUUUGCCCGGUUUGCAAGCAUGAUGCAAGAACUAGCACUGGCAAUCCACCAGCGUCAGAAUGUACACCAUUGCUUUCAUCAAAUGCUUCCUCUGUGGCCUCAUCAACUUCUGCUAUGCAGAUAGUCCCAUCAGUGUCACGAUCACCUUCUAUCUCACAUGUUCACUCUCUUACUUCUACUCCUUACAUUCCUCAAUCUGUUGGGUCCUAUCGUCAAUCUCCUUGCAUGAGUGUUAGUCGGAGCUCUGUAGAUCUCAGAAAUGCAUCCUCCCAAAGAUCACAUGCUUCACAUUUAGUUUCAACCCACUCCUUGGGUUACCCAUCUAUAUCACCUCUUAACUCAAGAUACAUGUCACCAUAUCUUCCAAGCCCAAGCAAUGGAUCACUGAGUUUUGUUGGUUCUUUCUGUCAUCAGCAGCAUCCACUGCAUUGCUGCGAGUCUGCUGCAAGUAUCUCCCCUUAUACCUCUGCUCAUUCUCUUCCUGAAACUUAAUUUCAGGUUUUGAGAAUUUUGUACAGAGCAAUUGAGUUGAGAUACCCGUAUUUUAACAAAGCUAAGAAGUAAGUGAACCUAAAACCGCACAUUCUUUUGAUCUCAAUUUCAUAUCUUACAGCAAUAUGUCAUGUCAUGCAUGGGUUCUUUCUGAUUUAAUGGGUUGCCUUUUUGUUUUUAUGCCAUAUUAGGAUUUUUAUAUAAACCGUCUGUUGUACAUUGCAGCAUAAGAAUGUGUUUUUUGUUUUUAUCUUUAAAUUUAUAGGUGUGAUUCAGAAAAUCGAUGCUUUACAAAUUGGUACAGUAAAAUUGAGUGUUGUGAUGUUUGGGUUUUAUAGAAAGCACUAACCAUUAAGCUUUACAGAAUUUGCAAUUUGGAUAUGCUCAUUCUUCUUAAUGUUAUUGGUGACUUUGUUUUU